AUGGGCUGCACAUCGAGCAAACCAAAACGCACGAAAAGUUUAGAAGACGUGAAAGGACAAGCAGCGCAAAACGGUCAGAUCACGAAAGAAGACACGUCAGCAAAGAAGCCAACAACCGACAAGAACUCAACGGACCCCAUUCAAAUUCCUGGAGCCAACAAAUCCUUCCAGGCCCCAGACGGAAUCCCCUUCAUUGAUGAAGACGUCGACGAAGAUGACGCCAAGCUGAGGACAGGCGUUCGAGAAAACAGCAAAAAGCUGACGGACGACGUGAACAUCAGGACAGAAAGCAGUGCCUUCAUCGUCAACGGCAACAGUGGCGUGAGAGUCAGCGCGUCCAGUAGCGACAGAAAUGCAGCGGGGGAUGUCGGGGAGGUCGUGGUCAACGAGAAGGGGGUGCACGUUGUAGGGCAUGAUGGAAGUAUCAUGCCCAUCAAGAAAGGACCUGCCCCAUCGCCCAUAACAGAUGAACAGACGCAAAAACGGAAAGAUGUAGCCUACUUCAUAAUAGUGCACCUCGUGUGUUAA